AUGAUUCCAACUCGACGUCUAGCCCAAGGCGGUUUCUUCAAACGCAGCGCCGGCGAGCUCGGCCGUUUAUCAAAGAUCGCUUGGAACACAGAGGCCCUUCAUACUCCGACUAAACCUUAUGUCCUCCUAAAUUUCGAAGACGAGGGCACCGUUGCAGGAUGCAAGACCAUGGCCGACCGCGCAGUAGGGGGAUUUAGCACAGCGAGCCUAGACUACGAAUCAGCUGAACCUUCUUCAAAUACUCCCUCACAUGCGCGUUUUCACGGCUACGCCGCGUUUCGCAACCAAGAUCGGGGCUUUUGGCUCUUCGGUCGGCUCUUCUGGGAUGUUGAUCCCUAUGCGUACCUUGCCCUGCGUAUCAAGUCUGAUGGCCGCCGGUACACCGUCAACGUGCAGACAGACGCGGUCGUCGAGACGGAUAUCCACCAGCACAGACUAUACACGCGACACCAUCGCCUGCGCAACAUACCAAAAUCGCAGGAGGACUAUGACUUCCAAGCAGACUCACCCGAUGCCGUUGAGAACUUAUAUCCAACUGGCCUGCCCGCUGCGCUUUCAGACGUCCCACCUGAAUCGACGAUUAUCUCUACCUCUACCACAACAACGACGUCUGGCUCAAAUGGAUGGGAGACUGUUCUCUUGCCUUUCAACUCGUUCGUGCGUACGAACCAUGGCUUUGUAAUUGAGCCGCAGACUUCUUUGACUCGGCAACGUGUCAAGAGUAUUGGUAUUGGUCUCACGGACCGUGUUGAGGGCCCAUUUGAUCUACGCAUUCAUAAGAUCUGGGCGACGAAUGGCAUUAGUGAGGCUGAGAUUGAAGAGGAGCGCCGUAUUUGUGGUGAUCAUGCGCUGCCUCUUAAUGAGGGCGCUAGCCCUGGUUGGAUUGAUAAGCCCAAGGAGAAGCCCAUCAAGGAAGAGAAAAAGCAACAGGAUUGGGAUUCGAACAAGAAAGGUCUUAGGGGGUUGAAAUCUGAGUGGGAGGAGUAA